AUGAGCCAUGAGAACGAGCCUCUCGUCGUCUCGACACCAGAAGCCUGUCUACACCAGUCGGAUCUAGACACCUUGAAGCAUGACGAGUGGCUUGGCGACAAUGUCCUAACUUUCCAUGCCGAGUGGCUCAAUGCGCUCAGCGGGCAACUCGACAGAGGCAGCUCCUUGUCUCAGGUUAAGAUGUUUCCGCCUUCUGUCGUAGAAGUGCUGUGCACACUUGAUCAUGCCUCUUUCGAAGACGUUGCGGCUAUUGUACCAAGACCGAAGGAAGGCUACCUACUUGUGCCUGUCAAUGACCGCUAUAGCCCAUCAAGUCCAGGCCACGCAUCUUUAGGAAGUCAUUGGAGGCUUCUGCUAGUGGCUGCAAGUAAGCCAGUCGCCCAUCAUCUAGACUCUCUCGGUGAUUGCAAUCAAUCCGCAGCCAACGCAGUAUACGCCAGCAUACUCAAGCUCAUACAGCCAGGAAAGAAUCACAGCAAAGCUACUGCCGUUCCUAGAAAAGUGCACUGUCUUCAAGGACAGGUCAACGGCAGCGACUGUGGCAUCUAUGUCCUUCUUCUCUCUAGCCUUUUGCAUCGUCAACUCAACAAGUCAUCAUCAGAUCCUUGCGACGUCGACGCUGUUGUCGAAGCAGUUUGCGCAGACGCCACACCAGACAAUGUCGGUCGCUUCCGUCAGGCAUAUCUUGACUGGCUACAGAAGUGGGGGGAUAUCACGCACCAUCAAGAGCAUGUCGAGCCAAGUCAACAGAUCAAGGCUCGUUUUCUAAAGCUUUUCUCGGAUCUCGGUGUGGAGUAA